AAUUCAAUAAAUUUUUUUUUCACACUAAAUCGAUUGAUUGAUUGAUUGAUUGAUGUGUUGCACAUUUUAUUUAAUAAACAUUAAAUACCAACCUUAAUUGAACAGAAGAUUGAAAUCGACACAACAACAACAGCAUUAUACAAUCACAAGUAUAACUAAUAUAUAUAGAAAAUCAAUCAGAACUGAAUGAAUCCAUCAUGUUUUCCAUUUCAAAUUGAUUAAUUUUAAAUGGCCACUGCAGAAAAAAAAAAUUUGAUUCAUCUUUCAUAGUUUCAAGUGUCUUCAAAUAAUUAUUACGAGUGCUGGUUUUAUCGACCAAGUUAUAUACUAUAUACUUGACAUUUUGAUUACUUCUUAACCACCAAACAUACACACACACACACACGUGCAUCUCAUUUUGAUUGUUAUUUCAAGACAUCAUCAUCAUCAUCAUUAUCACAAGUAUCAUUGAAGAAUAUUGUAUCUAAUAACAAUAUCCAUCCAGCCAAAUAUCAAAAAACUGCUCAAAUUGAAUCAAAUCAAAAAAAAAACGUUAAGAAAAAAAAAAAAUGGCCAUGGAAAAACAUGUAAUGGUUAAUCAGCUCAAGAUGGCUGCUACUACUACUACUGCUACUAAUAAUAACAACAAGACAACAGUAGCUAAUGAAAAUUGUUAUGUAACACAAACACCGGGCACAAUACUUGAAUCAUUGCCUUAUUAUUAUGGAUGUAUAACACGUGAAGAUGCUGAAUGGAUUUUAUAUGAUGAAUGUUGUCCAGAUGGAAUGUAUUUACUUAGAGAAUCUGGAAAUGAUUUUGUUUUAUCACUUUGUCAUCAUAAUAGCGUUCUGCAUUAUAGAAUCAACAAAUUAUCCAACGGUAAUGUUGUACUACAAGGACUACCAAAUCAAACAUUUCAAUCGCCAAUGGAAUUGAUUGAAACAGUAGAUGGUUUAGCUUGUAAACCGACAAGACCAUUAAGGGCACCAUUUGGUAAAUGUUUACCACCAAUACAUUGGAAAAUGAAUGUAGAAACAAUACGUGAACAAUUAUUACAACGUGCACCAAAUUGGGGCCUGACCAUCGAUGAAAUGCGUGAAAACAUUGACUGUGAUCUACAUUUUUCACCAACAUUUUCACCAUUAAUACGAUCGUUGAUUAUUAAAUCAAUGCAUGAAUUACAGCCAUGGUAUCAUUUUCGUUUAUCACGUUUAGAAGCGGAAAAACGUAUAGAAUCUAGUGGCCAUUUGGAUGGAAAAUUUCUUGUACGCGAACGAGACGAAUCAUCAUAUGCAAUAUGUCUUUCACAUGAUUCAAGAGUCAAACAUUAUCGUAUCGAUAUAUUACCAUCAGGAAAUUUUGCCAUACAAGAUGGACCAAAAUUUGAAAGUCUUAUAGCGCUCAUAUCACAUUAUACAAUAUUUUCCGGUGGUCUUUGGUGUAUGCUUGGCGAUGGUUGUCCACGGCCACAAGAAAUUAUACGACAAUAUGCUGAACAAAGUAAUGCACAGAUAUCAUUGAUACAACAACAGAAUAAUAAUCAUAACCAUCAUCAUCAUCAUCAUAGUACAUCAUCAAUACCUUAUCAGGUAUCGAAUCAUCCAAAUCAUCUUGUAUUGACUAUUCAUCGUCAUGGAAAUGAUGAUAAUAUUACAUCAUCAUUUGAUGAUUUUAAUAAUAAAUGUAAAACAUGUUUGAAAUUACAAUUUCCAACACAUCAUCAUCAUAAUCAUAGAUAUCAUAGACAACGUCGUGUUUCGACGCCAACGAAUCUUAAAUUAAAAGAAUGGUUUACCACCAUUAAUCAUAAAUGGGCACGUAUUAAACGACAAGUCAUACUACAUCAUCAAAGACAACAGCCAUUGAUUAAUGAAGACAAUUAUGGCACUAAUGAAAUGACCUGUUGUCAUGUAAGCAAAGUACCGAAAAAUGUUAAAACACGAAAUCUGAAAGAAUUAUUGAAUGGCCAUAAUGAACCAUAUCGAUUUCCAGCAACAAAUCUACAUAUACAAUGUAAAUGUCUUCCUAGUCAACGUUAUUGUCUAAUCAAUGGUUAUGGUACAACGACAACACGUUAUCAACAUCGUAAACAACAAUUUGGCCGUUGGCAUGAAGAACCGGCAUUUGGUAGCCGUUAUGCAUUUGAUAAUGAAAUAACAUUCAAUAUGAAUAGGCAAACAAAUUCUGUAACAAAUACACCAAGUGCAAAAACAAAAUUAACCACUACUACGAUGCAAAAUGAUAUGAAUUCAAAUUCAAAAUUAACACAACCAAAUGAUAUUGAUGAUAAUGGUGAUGGCGUCAAUGACGAUGUUGAUGAUGAUGAUGAUGAUAAUAGCAAUAAUCGAAUAACCAUGACCAAUAAUAAUAAUAAUAAUGAUCAGAAUCAUCGUCAUCAUACAGCCCUUAUAAAAUCAUCUUCAAUCGAUACCAUAGCGGCCUUUUUUAAUGAUCCAAUCGAAGAGAUUCGUCGUCUACAUUUUCGACCAUCAUUGGAUCAUCAAACGAAUGAUGUAACAACCACAUCAACGAUGGUCAAAAUGAUGAAUGGAUUCAAUGGCAAUAAUAAUCAAUUUGAUUCUGAUUCGAUGAAUAUUUCUCAUUUUAAUAAUAAUAAUAAUAAUAAUCAAUCAACUAAACCAUUAUUACAUCGUGCCAAUUCAUUUGAUAAUGAUCAUCAUCAAUGUCAAUGUAAUUGUUCAGAUUGGCUACUGGAUAUUGAUGAUGAUUUAAAUGAUCCAUUUCAAAGUUUACCAGAAACUAUUAUGGCUAAAAAUGAUUGUAUUAUCAAUCUAUCAAAUGAUACAGCAAUGAAUGAAUUACGAACAGUAUUCAAUCAUGAUCAUCAUCAUCAGCAACAAUCGUCGUUGACAAACGAUUUUACAUUAUCUUCAUCAUCAAAUAAUAAUAAUAAUAAUCAUUCAAUUAUGAAUGGUGGAAUGAAUUUCAUUCAAAAUUCGAGCAUGAAUGGAUUUCAAUCUUUAAAUAACAAUAUUAUUGGCCAUACAGCAACAAAUUUAACACAACAACAACAAUCAAAACAACUACAAUUUAAUAAUCUUAACGGUCCACUUGUUUCAGGCGAUUCAUCGAAUCAUCAUCAUCAUCAUAAUCAUAAUCAUCGUGAAUUAACAACAAAACAAGAUAAUAAUAAAAAAUAAAAUAACGGUAAAAAUUGUUCAUCAUUAAGCGGGACGACAAGUAGCGGAAGUAGUAGCAGCAGUAUGAGUACAAAUAGUAAUAGUAGCGGUAGCGGCAGCAAUGGCCGUUUUUGUAAUCGAUCUUUUGGUCCAACAACGGUACCAUCAUUGUCAACAACAACAUCAAUGAUGAUGAUGACAAAAUCACUUCAAAAUACUGCUGCUAAUGCUGUUCAGCAACAUGAUAACAGCAAUGGUCACUUAUCAUUUCAUUCUACUUCACUGAAUCUUAAUAAUAAUAAUAAUAAUAAUAAUGAUUUAAUGGAUUCGAACUUUUUCAUUCUGAAGAAUGAUGAAGAAAAUAAAAAUAAAAUUGAUGAGAUUAAUCAUCAUUCAAGUUGUUCAUCAUCAUCAUCAUCAUCAUCUUCAUCAUCGUCUUCAACAGCAGCAACAACAGCAACAAUGACUACAGAUAUGGCGGCAAAUGUAUUAACAUCAUCCACCACUCAUCCGCCAUUAUCAUCAUUAUCGGCGUCUCAAUGUAAUGUUUCUACAGGAAUAGCAGCAGCAGCAACAACAACAACAACAGCAUUAUCCACUAAUAUUAAGAACAAUUCAAUGCAAUCAACUCCAUUGUCAACAACAACGACAUCAUCAUCAUCAAUGGCUACAACGAUAAUGUCAACAAUUUUGAAUCAUCAUCAAAAUUGUCCACCUAUAAUUGAUCUACUUAAAGAAUUUGAUGUUUGUUUUGAUAAUCAUGAUCAAUUGGAUGAUGAUAGUUCAACAUUGACUGACAAUUCUUCAACGCAUUCAUCAAAUUCUCCACCAAAACAAAAUGUCCAUAACGAAACAAUGAUAAUGAUGCAAAAACAUAAAUCAUAUCAUCAUAUAUCAUCAUCAUCAUUACCUCCACCAACUAUUUCGCCACCACCACCACCGCAGCCGCCUUUAUCUUGUUGUAUUGAAACACCAGUAUGGCCUAAUAAUAUCAUUAUUGGUGAAUCAUUAUCAUUAUCAUCAUCAUCAUCAAUGAAUCCUUCCAAUAUUCAUUUGUCAUGUAGCAGCCAACAAGUGCCCUUGGGUGAUAAUAAUAAUAAUAAGCAAGAAACCACUAAUGAAACUGCCACUAAUCAACAAUGCCUUAAAGACAUUGAAUUAAUAUGCUUGAAUGAAGUGAUUGAAGAGGUUCAAGAAACGAUACAAAAAUGUAAACGUGGUCCAAUUUGUUUUGAUCCACGAUGUAUAACAUUAAAACGAAGAAUUGGAAAUGGAUAUUUUGGUGAUGUUUUUCUGGCCACCAUUCCUUCAUUACAUGGUUCAUCGAAUAUAAAUUUAGCUGUUAAAAUGCUUAAAAGUCAUGCUGUACCGCAGCAAAAGGCUGAAAUACUUCGUGAAGCACAAACAAUGGCUAAACUUGAUCAUCGACAUAUUGUUCGGUUAAUUGGUGUAUGUGAAAAUGAUCCAUUCAUGUUGGUCAUGGAAUUAGCGCCAUUAGGACCAUUGAAUAAAUAUCUACAAAAUCAUGGCCAAAAUUUGACCGAUAUGGACAUUUUACGUUUAAUGCUUCAGGUUGCAAAAGCAAUGCAAUAUCUUGAAGAUGUGAAUUAUGUACAUAGAGAUUUGGCCGCUCGUAAUAUUCUAUUGGUUAAUGAAAAAUUUGCCAAAGUAAGCGAUUUUGGUAUGUCACGUGCCCUUGGCCAAGGUAAAGAUUAUUAUAAAGCUCGUUCGGCAUCGAAAUGGCCACUCAAAUGGUAUGCACCUGAAUGCAUCUAUUAUUAUAAAUUCAGUUCAAAAUCGGAUGUAUGGAGUUUUGGAGUAGCAUUAUGGGAAGCAAUGUCUCGAGGUGAAAUGCCUUAUCAGGGCAUGGACGGCCAGGACAUACUACGAAUGUUCAAUGAAAAUCGACGACUGCCUAAACCAGAGAAUUGUUCUGUCAUCAUCUAUCAAAUAAUGUGGAGUUGUUGGCAAUUUAAGCCAGAAGAUCGGUUAAACUUUGCCAAUAUUGUCGAUCAAUUGAUGCAUUAUCUGGAUGGAAAAUGAAAAUCCGAGAUUGCCUUUCGUUUCGUUUCGUUUUUUUUGUUAACUCAUUUAUUAUUCAUUAU